GCCCGUUCAAGAAGAGUGUGGCAGUGGCCACAGGACCAUACAGUUUUGAGGAGGUGCGUGUGAUUACGAGUGAGACCCCAUUUUGUGAAAUUUGCUCAGACAUGGCCACUUGGGAAUGCAUGGCCGAUGACUCACACACGCUGAGACGCUGCAGGAGAUUCACGACAGGGAGGUUAGGAGUGCAAUGGACCCCAUUCUGCAGUCCGACCCUGAGGAGGAGAGGCGGGCCUGGCGCGAAUUGAAGCUGCAAAUGGAUAAGCUGGUGCUGGAGGAAGUGAGGGGGACGACAGGUGCAACAGGAGCAAGGGAAACAGAUCUGCGACACAGAAGAAGGCCGCGGCAUGGUGGGGGAUACCUAACAAAUGUGCCAUGGGAGGGACGGGGAGACGACCCCAUGCAGACAGACGAGCCACGCUGGUUGUUCGGAGAGGAACGCAAACGGAAAGUGGAACGACCACCGACAGCGGGUAAAGAGCCCAAGGUGGCUGGGAUGCAGCAAGCAGAAAGGGGCCAACAAGUUGAGGAGGGUGGAAUGCAAGCCGGGGCGGACGAGCUGGAUACAGCCACCGACCAAGCAAUGAAGGAAAGAGAGGGGGAUAACAACGACGAACAAGAUGGCUGUCAAGGGAGUCGAAAGGAUGGAACCAGCAGAGAGGGGAGAAUGGACGGGGAGGAGGAAGGAGGAACGACACGAGAGCUGGAGACGACUGUGGACCUAGGCAGUAGCUUGGGCAAGGAAGGACAGGAGGGGGGCGAGGACGGAGAGGGGGAUCGACAGGACGGGUCGUUGGUGGGAAAGGGGGAAGUGCAUGGGAACGAAGGGGGGAAAGGAAUCGAGCAGACAACCAGCCAAGAGGAGUGGGAGACAUGGGCCACAUCGGGCUCGUCUGAAUCAAGGGAUUCUGAGAGUUCGGUGCAACAGGGCACCGAGAACCAGGGAGAAGAGGAAGUGGGAGGGGAGGACUCAGGCACGGGAGACUCUUCACAGGAGGGGAAAGAAGUUCAAAGAACCUGAGCCUGAAGGUAGAUCUUCGGAGCGUGAGCCAACCCGAGCGGACACAGCCAGCACAGGCAGUGCAGUGAAUGUGCAAUGCGAGAC